AUUACCAACCUUUACGCAGCCAUAUUGCUUUUUUAGAAGUCUAAAUCCAUUGUCGUUUCGUAUUUUCACACAUUCAAUUUUGAAGAAAAUAUAUAUUUAAAAGCAUUUAAGUAUUUAAAAAAAUACUAUCACAGAAAAACCAAAAAAUAUCCCAACUACUCAAUAGCAAAAAUAAAAAAGUCAUUGAAUAAUCAGUUACAAAAUUAAACUACAAAUAAAUCAUUUCUCUUUGUGCAUCAGAACUUAAACAACAAAUAACACUAACAUGGCUUGUGCAACUUUGAAACGCACUCUUGAUUGGGAAGCUUUAAAUCAACGUCCCACCAAACGUCGGCGUUGUAAUCCUUUUGGACAAGCAGGCGCUAAUGGCUCACCAUCACGUUCAGCUGGCCAUGAUGGCGUCUUACCUGGUUCAUCGAAUCCUCAAUCACCCUCAACACGUUUCGCUCGCGAACCUCAACCCAGUCCGUUUGCUGAGGCCAAUAAUCUAACGAAAAUGUCGCCGGACAAGAUGUCACAGAACAUACGCGAAGAAAUCAAAAGAUUGCACAGACGCAAACAGUUGCCUUUCACAUCGGCCGCCAUUGAACGUAUGCAAGACUCCGAAUCCAGUGGUUCAGAAAUGGGACCAGAUAGUCCCAGACGCCCAGACAGCCCACCAAGUAUGGUCCGUCAUCCAGAAAAGGCAUUAUUUACUUUUAAACAGGUGCAAUUAAUAUGUGAACGUAUGCUUAAGGAACGUGAAGACGAAUUGCGCGAAAAAUACGAUGCUGUACUGACCACAAAACUUGCUGAACAAUAUGAUGCUUUUGUUAAAUUUACUUAUGAUCAGAUUCAAAGACGUUAUGAAGCUGCUCCCAGCUAUCUAUCGUAAUUCGGACCUCAGGCAUACAAUAAGUUCGUAGACGCUAAGGAUUUUUUAGUUUUCCAGUCUUCACUUUAUCGCCCAUUUUUUAAUUAAAUUAAAUCUACGUUCAUUUGUCAUGCUGUUAAUAAAUUGUUUUUUAUAAUUUAUCAAUUAUAUUUAAAUAUUUUGGCAACAGAGUUUUUCGCUGCAAAAAGAUGUUCCACACAACAUUUUGCAAACAAAAAAAAAAAACAAUAAUUAAAUACACAAUUUAAAUUAUUUUUUUGUAAACAAUUAAAAAAUGACACCUCAUUAUACCUGCAGGUAAAUCGUAAAAAACAUAUUUGCAUACCAAUAAUUAUUUUUUAAUAAAUAUAUUAAAAUAAAUAAAAAACAACAAAAAUUACUAUACUGCUACAAUUUGAAUGAUUUAUUAUAAAAAAAUAAAGAAAUCUAAUAAUAAAAAAAUUACAAAAAUUAUAUAUGAAACUACAAAAACUAAUAAUUUAUAUAUAAAAUAAAAAUAGUGUAUAAUUUUAGUAAUUAAUUAAAAAAACAUCAACUACAACAACAACUAUAUAAUAAAUAUGUGGAUAAAGAUAAAAAGCAUACUAUUUAUAUAUACACAUACAUAUAAACAAAAAAACAUACAAAAUAAAAAAUAACAGUAAUUCUAAAAUAUAUUGACAAAUACAACAAACAAAACAAAAAAACCAACCACAUGAAGUGCUGCUCUACUGUUAAAAUUUGAAAUGCAAUUCAUUAAUAAGAACAUAACAGAACAAAAUUUCAAAAUUUCAUAUUUUGACAGUAGUACUCUUAUUCUCAAUUUAUAUACAAAGCAAAAAAUAAAACAAACAUACAUAAAUAAACCUCAAGCCUCCACACAAAGUGAAAUAAUUCAAUUGAAAUUAAUAUAAAUAAAAAAUAAAACAAACCUAGUUUUAUAGUUUAACUUAUAAAUAAAAUAAAAAGCAAAAAAAAAAAAUGAAAAUAUUGAUAAAUUCUUACAUAAAAAUGAAUUAAACAAAUUAAAAUUGAUUUAUUCUUUUUUUUUUCAACUUAAUUUUUAGUUUAAAUAUAUAUUUUUUUUAAUUACAAACAUAAAAAAUGUUAUUAAAAUUAGUUUCAUAGCUGUUUUUUUUAGCAAGAAAACUAUAAAUUUUAAGUAGUUUCAAAAUUAUUUUUUUAGUUUUCUAUCUUAAAAAACAGAAAAAACAUUAUUAUUUUAUUAUAAAAAUAAACAUUUAUUUUUUCUACUUUAUAAUACUUUAUGAUUAGAGAAAUGCCAUUUUUAUAACUAAAUAAAUAAAAAUAAAAAACAUGAACAUUUGAAAUAAAAAAAACCCACAA